CCAAGAAAUUUGUAUACAUUUUAAUUUCAUAUAAACUAAAUUAUAAUGAUGAAAAAUUAGUCCAAAAUAACGCACAACCCAGAACUAAACUUCCCAUGGUCCCAGCGAGCGCUGCUGUAGGGUGAGCAAUCGAGGGACUAACUGAUCGCACUACACGCCAGUUGCAGUGCAGUGUCUGCCAUGUUUGAAGUUUUCAAUGUUUUGGGGCGUGCUUAAUAGUUUUAGGCCUAAAAUAAGAGCAGUGAAAAAAGUGUGUUUUUGUGAAAAUAUCAUCAGUUAUUUCAUUACACAACGAGUGAAUCAGUGUACCGCUGUUAGUGCAAUAUGAAGAGUGAUUUAUUCAUCAGAAACUCAAUUGAAGUGGAUAGACAACCAUCUUAUAUCAAAAGAGUGUCAGCAAACCUGCACAUGAUCAUGUAUCUGGAAUUAAAUAUAGGUUCAGAAUCAUUAUUUUGAUUAGUGUGAUAAAUAUAUGAACAUCAAUUAAUCUAAAUCAAAUUGGCAUGAGUUUGCUCGAACUAACCGUAUCGUCUGUUUUGGUAGGAUUCACAUGUUCAAGGCGCCACUUUGUUAUUAUUUUGUUACCGUGCUUUUGACCCGAAUGGGCGAGUUUAUCUUCUGCCAGCCAAUGUCUGGAGGGGUGUAUGCGCUGUGGGUUGGGUGUUGAUAGAAUUUAGAUGUUGUUUUUAAAAUUUUAAUAAAAAAAUCACAAAAUUUAUUGCAAAUAUAUUGGUAAUGUGAUUUGAUAGCACUAUAUUACAGACAAGGAAGAUAGACUUGGCAUUGAAUAUUCCUAUUGUGAACAAAUGGUAGAGGAUUUGUUUUGAUUUGCAUUUUAUAGAGGUUAUAGUGGUUUUGAUUCUUUUAACCCAAUACUAUUGAAAGUAUAGUAUAAAUAACCCAAAAACAUUUUAAAAUGCUGUCUUGGAGGGAUGUAAAUGCUCAUAUAACUUAAAUGUUGAAAUGUACGUAUCUGUAUCCUGAAGACACAUGGAUUUGUUUACAUAGGCUACAGAGUUGUUGAAAUAGCUAAAGUUAAAGAAUCCUUUAUGAAACUAGUAGGCCUAUGACCUACUUUGGUAAGUAGAUGUUGAAAGUUAUUCUUACAUAAUUUGGGCCUAUUCCAGUUUUACUUUUUGGAUUUUUUUUAUUUUAAUUUCAAAAGUGGAUGAAGCAUUUAAAUAGUUUGAAGUGAUGUAAGUGGUUGAAGUGACCUUUGUGGAGUCGAAUUAAAUACUGACAUUCAGUGUUUUAUAUUGAGAAUCAAUUCUGGAGCCUGUGCCGCAGCUUGUUUGUGGCGCUCCCCAUGGUUCGAUGGUGCUGUUGAAUUCGGACGUGGCACCGGGUGCCACACGGGCCAUGGACUCGGUGGCAACGGUGCAAGCCAAACGACCUGAUGCUUGGCACAAGCAUGAACAAAUGAUGCUAAUGGAAAAGCAGAAACCUAAAGGAGGAGAAAGUGUGCGACAUGCGGUGCUCUACGGACGGCUGGUGGACGAGGAACAGUUGGCGGUGUCCUUAUCGCAAGCGGGCCCGGGCCCCAAUACGCCCUCGGACAUCCAGGCUAUGCAAGCGCGCAUCCCCCAGCACUUCCGCGACCCCGCCACGGCACCUUUGCGCAAACUUAGCGUUGACCUCAUCAAGACCUACAAACAUAUUAACGAGGUCUACUAUGCCAAGAAGAAGCGACGGGCGCAACAGACACAGGGAGAGGACAGUUCUCACAAGAAGGAGCGGAAACUGUACAAUGAUGGCUAUGAUGACGACAAUCAUGAUUACAUCAUCAAACAUGGAGAGAAGUUCCUCGACAGAUACGAAAUUGACUCUCUCAUUGGCAAGGGCUCUUUUGGACAGGUGGUGAAAGCUUUUGACCAUGAGGAGCAAUGUCAUGUAGCCAUCAAGAUCAUCAAGAACAAGAAACCGUUCCUGAAUCAGGCGCAGAUUGAAGUCAAACUUCUUGAAAUGAUGAAUAAAGCUGAUGGCGAUAAUAAGUAUUAUAUAGUGAAAUUAAAACGGCAUUUCAUGUGGCGGAACCAUCUGUGCCUGGUGUUUGAGCUACUGUCGUACAACCUGUACGAUUUGUUGCGUAACACUAACUUCCGUGGCGUGUCAUUGAACCUGACACGAAAGUUCGCCCAGCAGUUAUGCACUGCGUUGUUGUUCCUCUCCACGCCUGAGCUCAGCAUCAUCCACUGCGACCUCAAGCCAGAGAACAUCCUGCUGUGCAAUCCCAAGCGGUCGGCAAUCAAGAUCGUCGACUUCGGCAGUUCGUGUCAGUUGGGACAACGCAUCUACCAGUACAUCCAGUCUCGCUUCUACAGAUCACCUGAAGUGUUGCUGGGAAUCCCAUACAAUCUUGCGAUAGACAUGUGGAGUCUGGGGUGUAUACUAGUUGAGAUGCACACGGGAGAACCUCUCUUCAGUGGUGCAAAUGAGGUGGACCAGAUGAACAAGAUAGUGGAGGUGCUAGGUAUGCCGCCCAAGCACAUCCUGGACCAGGCUCACAAGGCUCGCAAGUACUUUGACAAGGUGCCAGGACUGGGGGAGGGCAGUUACGUGCUACGCAAGGCUAAGGAUGGCCGCAAAUAUAAGCAGCCUGGCUCACGGCGACUACACGACAUCCUGGGGGUAGAGGUAGGCGGGCCCUCAGGGCGGCGGCUAGGCGAGCCGGGCCACGCUGUCGCUGACUAUCUCAAGUUCAAGGACUUGAUCUUCAGGAUGUUAGAUUUUGACCCAAAGACCCGAGUUACUCCGUACUAUGCACUCCAGCACAACUUCUUUAAGAGAACAGUGGACGAAGGGACCAACACGGGAGUAGGCAGCAGUAACAGUGGCGGGGGAGCCACAAGUCCCGCUGUCUCGUCCCUAGUUGAACCCAUCGCCACAGCGACCGGAGGAGGCCCACAGCAACCUGGUGUGAGAGUGAGAGGUGAGGGGACACACACGCAGACAGCCAUGGAGGUGGAGCCAUCGUAUUCCCACCACAGUCACUAUCACAGGCGGGGGCGGGGUUACCCUGUGCUGUUCUAUCCCAGCAGUGGGGCCCCUGCGGCUCCCCCGCCUCGUCAGCCCGACUCUGACGACAGUCCCAUGGUAGGAGUGUGUGUUCAGCAGAGCCCCGUCGCCAGCCAUUAACCAGUGUGUGACUUUCUGCAGCUACCUCUUUAUGUGUCAAGAGGUUUAUGAUUGUAGUGUUGUAACGCGCUAGCAUGCCAAAGAUUGACGCUGGACGCGAGUGAACAAAAAAAAAAAAAUCGGCUGAGAACGGUUUUGUAGUGUUCCGCUCUAGAUCACUAAACUUUCAAAUUGAUACUGCCAAUAUUUUGGGUAUUGAAUAAAUAUUUUUAAGCCCCCCUGAAUUCCACAACUUUUAAAAACCGAUCGGCUGUGCAAUUGUUUUAUUUUGGAAUCCGACGACGAUUUAGAACUCAAAAGAGACUGAUAUAGGAAUUUGCUCGAGACGGAAAUGAGUGAGUGCGGUGGUGGAACACUCGGAAUGCUUCACUCCCGGAAUGUGCAAAUUAAUGUGUUCAUAUUGAGAUUAUUUACCGUUUUAUAUACACUGAUCCAGUGACUCGUACAGUACGUUAGUCGAGAUACUGUAGCUAGGAUGUAAUGUACCGUACCCGAGCGCAUGCCUCUAUGUCUUACCACUUCCCUGCAUCACUCACCUCAUCCUGUCCUUCAUCUUUCAUUUUCUCUGACAGUAGUUUACUGUUUUACCUUAAUGACCAUUGUUUAUUGAUUUGCUACAAUAAUAUAAGUAUACUGUAAGUUAAUUGUAACAGUCUAUUACCUCCGAGGUAAAAAAAUUAAAUCAUUUAGUUAACUUAUUACUGUUUGUGAGUUGAGAGGUUUAUAAUGCAGAUGAAAAACAAACAUGCUAAGUGGGCCUUGACAUCUUGUUUAUAUUAGUUAAGUGGUUUUAUCACACUGUUUUAAAAUCAAUCUUCUAUACAAUUGAGUUCACAAUUAUUUCAGUUUAUUUACCUUUAUAACAGUUCUUGCAAUUUCAGAGAAUCUUUCCACAAAAGUAGAUCUCCAAAGCCGAAACUGAUCGAGAUGUAUACUCUUAGGUUAAUAGUUAAAUCUACUGCACUUUCUCGUUUUUUAUUUUUAAAGAAAUAUUUGUGACUGUGACAUGUUGAGAUCAUUCUAACCUUUAAUGUACAAGAAUAUACGUAAUAGUGUCUACUGAACCACUUCUUAUAAAAGUAAGCCUGUCUUCAUCCUGCAUUUCAUUGACUUUGAAUAUUUAUAUCCAAAUAAGCAAUUGCUAGGCUUUAAAUAGAAAUUUGUACAGGUCAGAUUUAUAUGUAUUUGCAUUUUUGACAAACUGUUGCAUUCAACAUAGAUACUUGUAUUUAAUACUUACAAUUUCGUAUAGAAUACAUUGUAUUUUAUUUAUUGUUUUAAUUUACACUGUUUGCUGUUUGUAUUUUUAAUAUUAUUUAAAUUUUUAACUAUAAAUAAUUUGUAUACAGAUCCUAAAAUACACUUUUGUCAUAGCUAUUAACAUUUAAAAAAUCAGUUGCAUGUGGGUAAUUCUAGGAAGGUUGUGUAAGAGUGGUGAGGAUUGAGUAAAAGUUAUACUGUGAUGAUUGAUGAUUUGUCAGUACUAUUCAAACAGAAGGAAUGGGCUUUUCAUCACAUAUUUAAACAGGAAUCAAAUGUAAAUAUGAAAUAAAAAAUAUUGUUGGUUAA